CAAAGCAGCAGUAACACAACAAGGUGUCCGAACCAAGCAUAACACUGUGGUCAUACUACAUGUAUGCUACGCUGCCUUGCACAGCGAUCGUGGUCGUCUCGGCUUCAGAGCGAGCUUUUUGUAAACUUAUGCGUUUUGAUAACUCGCAGGAUGUUAAAACAGCAUUAGCCCACUAAAUCGGAAUAGUGUAAUAGAGUGGUGUCAAGGGAAGUAUUCGUCACCUGAUGUGAAUACAUCAUUGCACUAGUAAGGAUAAAGUAUACUGCAGGUGAGUUCCUACCAAGACAUAAUUUGCACCGAACGAACUGUAAACGACUGAAUCUGUCCAACAAAAUUCUUACAGAACAAGCUGGAUGAAAAUGAAUGGUACAGUUGGUAGAGGGUUGAAUGCAUUGAACGCAGCGUUACAUGUCAACGGUGUGGGUGAAUUAAACUCAACGAAAGCAGUGAUACAAAUGAGCAAAAUUUGGAUGAUACCAUUUUUCGUUAUGUUAGUGGUUUUAAUUUACGUCGGUAACUGCAUAGUGCUCGUGGCAUACUGCACAGUGAAAAGAUUACGGACAAGUAACAGUGUUAUGAUGGUGCAGUUAACAGUUACGGACCUAGUAGCUGGCCUCACUCUCAUCUUUCAAGCAGUUACAGUAUCGUACGAUUACUUAUUUGAGGAUGUUCAUAUUUGUAUCUUAUGGUAUGCCCUGAUAUUUUUCCGCGGCAUGGCAUCAAUUCUUUCGCUUUUCAUGAUAACAUUGGACAGAUAUUUUGCAAUUACAAACCCACUAAAACACAUGUCACGCAACAAAAAAACGUGGUUCAUUGGCGUAGCUCUCUCAAUAUGGAUUCCGGCAUUUGUUCUUGGAUUCAUCAUGCCGAUUCUGUGGCAUAAGGACUGGUCAUUUGAAAAAGACAAAGAGUGUGAACUGCCCUUGGUCAUCCCAGAGAUCUAUAUAAGUUGGAUCGUGGUUCCAUUUUUUGUAAUUAACGCUGCCGGUAUAGUAUUCAUGUACACAAGGAUAGAGCGUGCACAAAGGAAGUCAAUGUCACGUGACAAGCACAAGAUGGCUAAACUAUCACGCACAGUUGCUCUUGUGUUGGCGUGUUUUUUCACGUGUUGGACACCUAUUAUAGUAAUGCUCGGCGUUCACAGUUACACCUACAUGAACUAUAAUCCCAUCACGUUGAAUAUUCGACUGGCACUCGCUCAGUUAACGGCUCUGAACUCUGCUGUGAAUCCUGUUAUUUACGUGAUCAGAUACCGGCAGUUUAGGAAGGCGUUUCUAGAGGCUGUUGGCAGUAAGAGGGUCCGUCCUGCCUCGAAGGUUACAGAGUCCAGUGCUCUGUGAUGCGCUGUCUCAUAAAGGAGAAGUCAAGAUUGAGCCUUUGCGCAUGCGUGCUUCAACCUCGGAUAAGAAAGAUGCACUUUUCCUCCAAACAUUAACUCUCUUUUUAGUGACAUUAACUUUACAGACAUUUACCAUAUUUGCAAGGUUCUAACCUAGUCUAAAAAUCAAAAUAUGCUAAUUAAUAUGGCGAAAGAAGGACGAUUUUUUAACUAGUGUGUAGCCGUGUGUGCGUGUCCCCGCACAUGUAUUAUUUUUCUUUCACACAAUGUCCAUUGGAUAUUAAUAGAUGGUGCUGAAAGCAUGAAAAAUUCCCAUAAGUAAAAGAGUAAGAUGUGGAUUGAAGAUUUGUCUCUGAAAUUAAGCUAUUCUUAGUUCUUCCUAAAAGCAGAGUUUAUUUUCUAUUCGAUUGUUAUGUGUUAUACCACCAAUUUCUAUUAUUUUUUAUAUUGCUAUGGUAAUAAAUUCAUGCUUUUUAAUGUAGUUAUUUCAAGUUGUAAGAGCCGGUAAUAUCUAUUUAACUUCGAAUAAUCUCUCUGGCUGUUCCUCUUUAGAUCCGGAAUUUUAACUUUCUGCCAAAUACUAACGUUGCCUGCUAUAAUGUUUACGACGACCUGUGAAUUUUCUGGGUAAGGUUAAAAGAUGGAAUUUGAUACUUUUAUCGUAGUUAUCUAACCUCUAGUUAUCAAAUUUCAUAAAAUAAAAGUGGAUGAGAUUUCUUGUAA